AUGCCACUAGAUCUUGCAUCCGUUGAACCCUCCAACUCUGCCAUACUCGUCAUCGACGUACAGAACGACUUCGUCAGCGGUAGUCUUGCCGUCCGCGAUGCAGAGCAGAUCAUCAACACUAUCAAUGCACUCCUGACGCUUCCAUUCGCUCUGAAAGUAGCCACUCAAGACUAUCACCCCGCCAACCACAUAUCCUUUGCGCGCAAUCAUACGGGCAAGAAGGAGUUUGACAAGAUCACCAUCUUUCCUCCCGCAGAGUUAGUAGCAAAGAGGACGCCUGAGGAUGAAAGGCCACUUGAAGCGCUGGAACAGGUGCUAUGGCCUGUUCAUUGCGUUCAGGACACGACUGGGGUGGCAUUUGUGGACGGCCUGAAGCACGAGGGCCUCGAGGUCAUCCGUAAAGGCUGUGACGUCGGGAUCGAGUGUUAUUCUGCAUUCGAAGACCCAUGGGGGCUCACGAACACUGGGCUCAAGGACAAGCUGAGGAACAAGGAGAUAUCAAAUGUUUUCGUGGUCGGCAUAGCGGGAGACUACUGCGUCAAGUCUACUGCACUUGAUGCAAAGAAACAUGGGUUCAGGACAUUUGUGAUUAGGGAUGCGGUGAAGAGCGUGUCUGACGAGGGCACAGAAUGGACUGAGAUGACCAAGGCGGGAGUGGAAAUCAUUGACACGGCUGAAGAACUUUUGACGUCAAAAAUAUUCUCUCAGUAG